AUGUCCAAAGCGCUAAAUGUCUUCAAGCAGCCCCUGGCAAUCCACAGUACAUCUMCGAUGACCGGAUUCCGACGUAAUGGAUACUGUGAGGUACCGCCGGGUGAUUUCGGAAACCACAGUGUUGCCGCCGAAGUCACGGAGGAAUUCCUCGACUUCACAGCCAGACAAGGGAAUGAUCUUCGACCUAUUCCUGGUAUGAAAGCCGGUUGCAAAUGGUGCCUUUGUGCAAGCCGCUGGUUGGAAGCCUUUGAAGCUCGAGGCCGCGAACCUGCAGGUGACAAGAUUGUGCCCAAAGUCUUCUUGAAUGCUACGAGUGAGAAGGCGUUGGGAAAAAUCAACUUGGAGGAUUUGAAGGGUUUCGCUGUUGAUAAGAAGGAGUAA